AUGCAGACAACAAUCCCCACGACGCUCGAGCUGUACAUGACGCACCUUGCGCCACAGACACCACCCGCAACAGAUGGGGAUGGCACAAAAAACCGACCGCGUCGACAUGUGCCGUGCAGGCUGCGUCGCAUGCUGGGCAAGAUGCCCUUGCAUGCGACCGACAGCGACAAUGAGCACCGGAACCUGCCCCCUAGGCUGCGGCGGAUGGCCAAUGGCCCCAAACAAUCAAUCCCGCCUAAGCUAGUCGCAUCCAAGGCAAAGUCCAAGAGGUCCGCCGCUCGCGCCAAGGGUCCACGAGCACAGGCGGAGACACAGCCAACGCGUCGCAGCGCGAGGCUACUCGAAAAGGCCAAUGCGACAAAUACUACUUAG